CUUGCGGCUAACCAAAUUGGGCUCUGGCGAACAUGAAUGCCCUGUUGCCUUACGGAUCAGGCUGCAAGGACUUCCUGUUGCUGAGUCCAAAUUCUUUACUCCCUUCAAGCUACAAACCCUCAUUUCGAAACUAUAUUCAUCGCGUACUCUCGAACACGAGCCUAAGGCCAUGUACUCAUAAGUUCUGUGGCUCUCGUGUAUGCAGAACAAGAGUUCCAUCGUAUAGGUUGCGCCAUACGAUCUCAAGGCUAUUCUGUACAAAGGUCCCAGGAGACGGGAACCACAACCACGCAGCGAAAACGGCACAUCGCAAGGUGAGGGAAAACUGGCCAUGAUCCGGGUAACUGUGCUUUCAGUUUCCGCGCUAUCCAAUGUCCUUGAUGCUACAAUUUUAACUUUGGGAGUGGAGAUUGAUCUCAUAGUGGAGUACCGUCAUGUUCGGAGUUCCGAAUAUCUCUCUCAACUCCGUCUUCUCAACUCCGGGGUCCAAUAAAAGAGAUGUCAAUGGGAAUUCAACAUAGAACUUAACUCAUUUCAGUAAAGCAAUAGCCCAAUAACUCCAAUUCAAAUCCUUAACCCCCAAACAAAUCCCUAACAAGCAAGAAUACCUCAGCAAAUAUGACAACCUACAGCACCAACCACGCCACGCCCGUCCUCCAAACCCACGGCUGGCGCACCGCCUCCAACUCCGCCGCCUACCUCCUCCCCUACAUCCAACCGGGCAUGAAAGUGCUCGACAUCGGAUGCGGCCCUGGCAGCAUCACCGUCGACUUCGCACGCCUCGUCACCUCAGAGGGCCACGUCACGGGGAUCGAAUACGUCGAGGACCCGCUCCCGACGGCCCGGGCCCUCGCGGCAUCCCAGGGCCUCUCCAACAUCACCUUCCAAACCGGCGACAUCCACAACCUCUCCGACUUCGCGGACGACACGUUCGACGUGGUGCACGUGCACCAGGUCCUACAGCACGUGGCGGACCCGGUCCGCGCGCUGCGCGAGAUGCGCCGCGUCGUGAAGCCGAACGGUGGCGUGGUCGCGGCCCGCGAGUCCGCUUCUUUCUCGUGGUAUCCGGAUAACGAGGCCCUCGUGGCCUGGGAAGCCCUGGGACGACGGGUCGCGGAGGCGAAAGGUGGGAAUCCGCAUCCCGGCCGGUAUAUCCAUGUGUGGGCGGAAGAGGCCGGGUUCGAGAAAGCCCAGAUCAAGAAGAGCGCGGGGGCAUGGUGCUUCAGUAGUCCCGAGGAGAGGGCGUAUUGGGGGGGUUCGAUGGCGGACAGGAUGCGGGAUUCAGGGUUCGCGGAGAUGGUGGUGAAGGAGGGGUUUGCGGAUAGAGAGGAGCUGGGGGCGGUGGAGAGAGGGUGGAGGAGGUUUGUGGAUUGCGAGGAGGGGUGGUUUGGGUUGCUCCAUGGGGAGAUUUUGUGCUUUAAAUAA